AUGGAUUGUGCUAGAUACACUGUAGGGUGGAUUGCGCCCUUGCCCUUGGAGCUGACUGCUGCAAAAGGCAUGUUUGAGAGUAGGAGCAUUGAGAAGAUUGAUUUUGAUGGUCAUUCUUUCUAUGGAGGAAAAAUGGGCGAACACUAUGUCGUGAUGGGUGUACAACACAAAAUGGGCACAGAUGCGGCAUCAGAUCUCGCUGCCAGAAUGCGUUCUGCUUUCAAAAAUAUUGAAUUUUUCUUGGUUGUUGGCAUAGGAGGCGGAGUUCCGAGUUACGGCCCACCCGGUGCAAAAUCCGAGAUUGUGUUAGGAGAUGUGGUUGUCAGUGUUCCGUUUGGUGAUUAUGGCGGUGUCGUUCGAUAUGACUCUGGGGCCUGGGUCAAGGGUGGCCAGCUUGAAAAACGUGGGCAUAUAAAUGGCCCUUCUUCCCGAUUACUCGAAACGGCCAACUUGCUUAAAGCAGAUCAUCAAGCCUAUAGAAGAGCAAGUCUUCCUCCAUACCUGCGUGAAAUGCGAACAAGAAUAGAUAGAGAUGAGCGGGAUAAAUUUGAAGACCCAGGCGCCCAUAUGGAUAACCUUUUUAUAGAAUAUGACCAUCCGCAGAGAUUCCGAGACCGACCUUGUGAAGGUCACUGUGACCUGAGUCGGUCGAAAAACCGGGACAGUCGAGGCAUCGAAGCAGUCAGGCCGGCAGAUACUCCAAAGAUCCACUAUGGUAAUAUUGCCUCCAGCAACCAGGUCCAGAGAUCAGAAGAUAUGAGAAAUGACCUUCAAAACCGACUUCAAGUUAUUUGUUUUGAAAUGGAGGGUGCUGGUGUCGUUCAAGGACAUGAUUGUCUUGUGGUUCGUGGUAUAUGCGAUUAUUCAGAUUCGCAUAAGAACAAAAUCUGGCAGGCUUACGCAGCGGCCACAGCGGCAGCGUACGCAAGGGACUAUUUGAGAAUGAUGCCCAAAAGUGAUCACGCCGCCAUAGACGAUCCACUUGUUCUCUUAAAAAAAUAUUACUUUAAGAGUGAUCUUCUCCGGAUUGAGCGGCUGUCGGGCGCGCUUCUGGAUAUGGAGCAGUGUUAUAUUAACUUAACCAUCGUUGAACACAAGCGACAGCUGUCUGGAUCCCAAACUGUCACGCCUUUCUCACUCUUCUCUCGUCUGAAAGUAGAGACGACUGAUCAGGGUGAAAUAAUAUCUUUGCCGUCGCUUUUCGAUGAGCGGGAGCUAGACGACAAAAAACUUUUACCUAGACGCAUAUUUAUUCGAGGGCGCGCAGGGGUCGGGAAAACCACUCUAUGUAAAAAAAUCGUCCAUGAUUAUAUUCAAAAAGACAUGUGGAAGCAAUGGUUUGACUGUAUUUUAUGGGUACCUCUGCGGAGACUUAAGACGCAGUUACAAGGAAACAAAGGAUACAGGAAUUUUGGAGACCUGUUUUAUAAUGAAUACUUUCUUUCUCACCACGAUGGAGAAGCCCUGGCUAAGCGGCUGUGGAGCAUGGUGAAUAACCGUGCAUAUGCUGGCAGGAUUCUCUUUAUUCUCGACGGACUGGAUGAGAUGUCCCGCGAACUGAAUUCUGGAACGGACACAAGCCGACUACUUGAUGAGCUUUUAGCAUGGCCACAAGUCAUCGUUACUUCUCGGCCACUAGGCGUCAGUUUGCCUAAGGAAUUUGAUUUGGAGUUGGAGGCAGUUGGGUUUCAACCAAAGCAAGUUGAUGAGUACCUUGCAAAGACUCUCAAAGCUGAUAGAGCCGAUAAAUCCGAUAUAAUCGCUCAUAAUAUUCGGUCAUUUAUUAAAAGUCACCCUGUUAUUCAAGGGCUGGCUCGAAUACCUAUCCUGCUGGACGCACUCUCUUUCACAUGGGAUAAUGACUCAAUGGACGGGGAAGGAAAAGGAAAAGAAUCAAUGACUAUGACCAUGCUCUAUCACAACAUUGAGUUGAGCCUGUGGAAGAAGGAUGCUAUACGGCUAGGGAAGAAGGACGAUGACGGGCCAUUGACAACAACGUCCAUUGAAAACUAUACUGAAAUUUGGCAAAUAGAAGAGUUUAUCGAGGCUGAAAUGGCUAUUGUUGAGUACCUUGCCUUUGCUGGUCUCUAUUACAAUAUCAUUGAGUUCGACAAUGAUUUCCGAAUGGAAGCUUAUAAAGAACUCCGGCGCUUCAAGGUCACAGACAAUGUUCUGGCAAACCUCUCCUUUCUUCGCUCCUCCGACGCAUAUUUGCAGCACAGAAAAAAGCAGUACCACUUUUUGCAUCUGACAUUCCAAGAGUAUUUUGCGGCGAGAUACUUUGUACGAUGUUGGACGCCCGAGGAACACCCCGGCUCCAAACUUAACCUUUUAAAGCAAAGACAACCAGCAGAAAUUUCACCUGAAGAGUUCCUUCGUCGAGAAAAGUACAACGGACGCUAUAACAUCUUCUGGCGAUUUGUUUCCGGUCUGCUCUUCAUUGAUUACAGUGAAAAACUCCCCUAUUUUUUCCAACAACUGGAAAAUGAGCCCCGGGACUUGCUAGGACCAGCACAUCUACAGUUGCUUAUGCAUUGCUUUAACGAAGUACCCCGCUCGGGCAUCAAGUCAAAUCUGAAUAGUAUUCAUGAGAAUAUGAAUAACCGAUGCGAACAAUGGUCUCUCUUUGAGCAUAAACUUCUGCAUAAAAUGUACCUCUGCCGCGAAACGGAAUUUCCAAAUUGUGUUUUGAACAAAAUGAUUCUAACGAAGUCAGGCGAACUACUUGCCAUUCUAUAUGCUUUAAAUCAGCGACACUAUCUUACAUUAGACCUUGUGCAGGGGCUCGUAUCUCUGCUAGGAGAUAAAUCUCAAGGUGUGACUGUAAGACGUUCGACCGCUGAAGCUCUAAGAAAAUAUAAUAACUUACCGAAAUAUGCGCUACGUGGCCUUGGAUCCCUACUGAUGGAUAAAGAUGAACAUUCUAUGAUUAAAUCGGUUGUUGUCGAAACUCUAGGAAUGCAGAACAGUCUACCCGAAGAUGGGCUGCAAUGCCUCGUAUCCCUGCUGAGGGAUGGAAAUCCGAAUGUUAGAUGGUCGGCCACUGUGGGUCUAGUCAGACAUGAUAUCUUACCGAAAGAUGCGCUCAUGUCCGGAAGUGAACAUGAAUUUCGGAAUGAUAUGCGGUUGGAUAUGGGGUUAAAAAAGCAUAAUGGCUUACGCAAAGCAGCAUUUCAGGGCCCUAUAUCUAAAGAUAUAUGGAGGGGUGAUUGGCAUUUAGCUCCGAGGCUUCAAGAAGAGCUUAACGACCUUUUAUAUAUUACACUACCGCACUUUGAAUUACACCUGAGAAUUUUAGCUGUUAAACAGCCGAUUGCUAAAUAUCUAGCGACGUACGACUACCUACCGAGAGAUGAAAAGAAGUCCGUAUUGUUUGGUCAAAUAGAUAAGAUACAUCGCUUCAUGUCACAGCUGAGAGAUAAAGAUGAAGAUAUCAAAUCAUUUGUUAUCGAAGCUCUAAGAAAGGAAAAAAAUCUACCGCGAGGUGUACUGCAUGGCUUCGUACUCCUGCUGAGAAAUAAAAUUGAUAUCAAACUGUUGGCUACCAUGAUUUUAGAAGAGAACAGUCUACCAGAAGAUGCACUUCAGGGUCUUACAUCUCUGCUGAAAGAUGAUAACCAAUAUAUCAGAUUGUUGGCCAUUGAAGCUCUAGAAGCGCAGAACAAGUUCCCAGGAUAUGCACUACCAGAUGUUAUAUCCCUUCUAAGAGAUGAAGAUCGAGAUAUCAGACGGUUGGCUGCCAUUGUUUUAGGAAAGCAGAACAGUCUACCAGAAGAUGCACUUCAGGGUCUUACAUCUCUGCUGAAAGAUGAUAACCAAGAUAUCAGAUUGUUGGCCAUUGAAGCUCUAGAAGUGCAGAACAAGUUCCCAGGAUAUACACUACCAGAUGUUAUAUCCCUUCUAAGAGAUGAAGAUCGAGAUAUCAGACGGUUGGCUACCAUGAUUUUAGAAGAGAACAGUCUACCAGAAGAUGCACUUCAGGGUCUUACAUCUCUGCUGAAAGAUGAUAACCAAGAUAUCAGAUUUUUGGCCAUUAAAACUCUAGAAGCGCAGAACAAGCUCCCAGGAUAUGCACUACCAGGUGUUAUAUCCCUUCUAAGAGAUGAUGAUCGAUAUAUUAGACAGUUGGCCGCCAUUGUUUUAGGAAAGCAGAACAAUCUACCAGAAGAUGCAGUGCAGGGCCUUAUACCCCUUCUAAGAGAUGAUGAGCGAUAUAUUAGACGGUCGGCCGCCAUUGUUUUAGGAAAGCAGAACAGUCUACCAGAAGAUGCAGUGCAGGGCCUUAUAUCCCUUCUAAGAGACGAAGAUCGACGCGUCAGACGGUCGGCCGCCAGUAUAGUGUUGAACAGCGAUAAUAUUAUGGGGACCAUUGUCCCUAGCUCCGAUACCAGUAUCCUUCAGGAUUUAUAUACGGCUCUUGUUGAAGAGAGUAUGGAAAAGCAACUUAGUUGUUAUAUGCAAGAUAACAGAUUGCGUAUUGAAACGCCCAAGAAGCGAAGAGAGUUUUCAUUACCGAGCAAGGACACCCUUUUCAAAGCAUUUUGUACUAAAGCGCGGGCAAUGGAGAGCCCUAAUUUACCUGUGCUUUUGGAAGUCGCAUCUACGUACCCGCUUGACGAGUAA